CACAUCUCCCACUUUCCUUUUCGUACUUCAUAUCCGAAUUCCUAAACUUCACUUCUUAAGUUUUUUUAUUUUAAUUUUAUUAAUUUUUUACUAAACAGUGUUGAAUGGAAAAAAAAUCUUUUCUCUCUCAAAAAUAUAUAUACUUAAGAUAGUCGGUAGAUAGGUUUACUAUAAAUAUUAACUGUUUUGCAUCAGUUUUAAAUUAAUGGUAUCAAGUACAAGAUGGACUACAAAGAAGAACAACAAAAUGAAAUUGAUGCAUUGGAUUCAAUUUAUUGUGGUGAAAUGACAAUUUUGACUACAGAACCGUACUAUCAGUUUGAAAUACCUGUCAAAUCUGAUGAGUUUGACAGCGAUCAGCACGAUAUUGGGCUGUCUUGUUGUUUAAAGUUUGAAUACAUUGAAAAAUAUCCCGAUGAACCUCCAAUUGUUGAAAUUGAAAACGUUGUUGGUUUCGAAGAAGAAGAAGAAAAUGAAUUAAAAGAAUAUCUAUUACAACAGGCACGAGAAAAUGUAGGCAUGGUAAUGAUAUUUACCUUAGUGUCAGCAGCUCAAGAAUGGAUGAAUGAAAACUCGGAUAGAGAAAAGAAGAAAAAAGAAGACGAUGAAGAAAAAAAACGGGAAAGAGAAAUGGAAGCAGAAUUAAAACGAUUUGAGGGAACUAAAGUAACGGUAGAAUCAUUUUUACGGUGGAAAUUUCAAUUUGAAGAAGACAUGGGUGUUUUAAAAAAACGCAACGAAGAGGAUAAAGGCAAAAAAAUGACAGGUCGUGAGUUAUUUAUGACCGAUAAAUCACUAAAUGAAUCAGACUUGAAAUUCUUAGAAGAAGGUGAUUCUGUGAAAGUCGAUGAAUCAUUAUUUGAUGAAAUCGAAGAUUUAGAUUUGGAAGAUGAAGUAAGCAGCGAUGGUGAUGAAUAAGUUUUUGUUUCCUGUUAAUAUUUUUUUUGAUAAUGUCUUAUUAGUAAUUAUAAUAUAAAUAUAUAUUGAGUUAAUUACGUUUAAAUUAAA